GCGGACUGAGGGCGGCUCUGCUGGGCAGCGUGGUGCCUUUGGUUCCCCAGCAUGGUCCCCUCGGCCUGGGCCAUCUGCUGCAUGCUGGGGGGACUCCUGCUCCUCGGGGGCAGCCCCAGCCCUGGCCCCAGCGUGCCUCGCCUGCGGCUCUCCUACCGAGAUCUCCUGUCUGCCAACCGUUCUGCUGUCUUUCUGGGUCCCCGGGGAUCCCUGGACCUUCGGGCCAUGUACCUGGAUGAGUACCGGGACCGCCUUUUUCUGGGGGGCCGUGAUGCCAUCUACUCUCUGCGGCUGGAUCAGUCAUGGCCGGAUCCCCGGGAGGUCCUGUGGCCACCACAGCCAGGACAGAAGGAGGAGUGUGUUCGCAAGGGAAGAGAUCCUUUGGUGGAGUGCGCCAAUUUUGUGCGGGUCCUACAGCCCCACAACCGGACCCACCUGCUGGCAUGUGGCACUGGGGCCUUCCAGCCCACCUGUGCCCUCAUCACGGUUGGGCAUCGUGGGGAGCACGUGCUCCACCUGGAGCCCAGCAGUGUGCAAAGUGGGCGGGGGCGGUGUCCACAUGAGCCCAGCAGUCCCUUCGCCAGCACCUUUGUAGGUGGGGAGCUGUACACGGGCCUCACGGCUGACUUCCUGGGGCGCGAGGCCAUGAUCUUCCGGACUGGGGGUCCCCGACCAGCUUUACGUUCUGACUCUGACCAGAACCUCCUUCACGACCCCCGGUUUGUGAUGGCCGCCCGGAUUGCUGACAACUCUGACCAGGAUGAUGACAAGGUGUACUUCUUCUUCUCGGAAACCGUGCCCUCGCCCGAUGGUGGCCCAGGCCGUGUCACAGUCAGCCGCGUGGGCCGUGUCUGCGUGAAUGACGCCGGUGGCCAGCGAGUGCUGGUGAACAAAUGGAGCACCUUUCUCAAGGCCAGGCUGGUGUGCUCAGUGCCUGGCCCUGGUGGUGCCGAGACCCACUUUGACCAGCUGGAGGAUGUGUUCCUGCUGUGGCCCAGCGCAGGGAAGACCCUUGAGGUGUACGCCCUGUUCAGCACAGUCAGUGCUGUGUUCCAGGGCUUUGCCGUCUGUGUGUACCACAUGGAGGAUAUCUGGGAGGUCUUCAGGGGACCCUUUGCCCACCAAGAUGGUCCCCAGCACCAGUGGGGACCCUAUGGGGGCAAGGUGCCCUUCCCUCGCCCUGGAGUGUGCCCCAGCAAGAUGACAGCGCAGCCAGGACGACCCUUUGGCAGCACCAAGAACUACCCAGAUGAGGUGCUGCAGUUUGCCCGAGCCCACCCACUUAUGUUCUGGCCCGUGCGGCCACAGCAGGGGCGCCCUGUCCUUGUCAAAACGCAUCUGGCCCAGCAAUUGCGCCAGAUCGCGGUGGACCGUGUGGAGGCAGAGGAUGGGACCUACGACGUCAUCUUCCUGGGGACUGACUCGGGCUCCGUGCUCAAGGUCAUCGCCCUCCAGGGUGGGGCCUCCACUGAGUCCGAGGAGGUGGUUUUGGAGGAACUCCAGGUGUUUAAGGUGCCGACACCCAUCACUGAGAUGGAGAUCUCUGUCAAAAGGCAAAUGUUGUAUGUGGGCUCGAGGCUGGGCGUGGCUCGGCUGCAGCUGCACCACUGUGAAACCUACGGCAGUGCCUGUGCUGAGUGCUGCCUGGCCCGGGACCCAUACUGUGCCUGGGACGGUGCCUCCUGUACCCGCUACCGGCCUGGCACCAGCAAGCGCCGGUUCCGCAGGCAGGACAUCCGGCAUGGCAACCCUGCCCUGCAGUGCCUGGGGGAGAGCCAGGAAGACGAGGCUACAGGCCCCGUGGCGGCCACCACAGUCUACGGCACGGAGCACAACAGCACCUUCCUGGAGUGCCUGCCCAAGUCUUCCCAGGCUGCUGUGCACUGGUUCUUGCAGAGGCCAGGGGGUCAGGGACCCGACCAGGUAAAGACAGAUGAGAGAGUCCUGCAAACAGAGCAGGGGCUGCUGUUCCGCAGACUCAGCCACCUGGAUGCGGGCAUCUACACCUGCAAGACACUGGAGCACGGCUUCUCCCAGACUGUGGUCCGCCUGGCUCUGGAGGUGAUUGUGGCCACACAGCUCAACGGCCUGUUUCCUCGGGAUCCAAGGCCAGAGGAGACCCCAGGCUGGGGAGGCCUGGCCUCCACCCCCUCCAAGGCCUGGUAUAAGGACAUCCUGCAGCUCAUUGGCUUCGCCAACCUGCCCCGGGUGGACGAGUACUGUGAGCGCGUGUGGUGCCCUUCCAGGAGCCGGGGCAAACAGGCCAAGGGCAAGAGCUGGGCAGGGCUGGAGCUGGGCAAGAAGGUAAAGAGCCGGGGGCAGACCGAGCGCAAUCGGACGCCCCGGGAGGUGGAGGCCACAUAGAAGAGGGUGGAGGAGAGGGUGGUCGGGAUGGACCAGGUGGCCCAGCAACCCCCAGAGUCUCCCACCCACCCAGCUAGGGCUAAGGGGAGGGGGGCAGCAUGCCUGACUGCCUCUUAGAGGCGGGAGUCUCUGCCCCCCAUACUUCUACCAGGCUGCCCACAGGAAAAGCUGGGGCUUGAUGGAGGGCCCUGUGUCCAAGGCCUGUUCCUGCCCCUCUGUGCUCUCAGUCCUAGGCUGGAGCCAGCACCCUCUGUCUGCUGCCAACCCCAGUGGGCCUGCUGUUUGUUUUCAGACAUGGUCCCCAGAGCACAUUUCCGGCUGUGCCCGGAGGUGAGAGGCCUGGGUGGUUCUUUCCCAGCCAGCAGAACAAUGGCCAUCCUGAAUGACCCUUGGAGUGGGCGUUUGGGUGCGUCUGAGGAGGUGUCUGGGCAAGGGGCCCUUAGGCAGCCAGAGGAGGAUGGAAGUUGCCUCUAUGCUAGCACCCAUUAAGAGGACCUACUGUGAGUUGGGGCAGGGAAGGGGAGGGGCAGAGAAGGUGCAACAGCAAGCCCCUCCCCCCACUUGGGGUGGCUCCCUGCCACUGCCCACCACUUCUUCUCCAUGACAGAGUCAUAGAAGCAUUGACAGCCAGAGCUCCCUGGGCCCCUGGUCUGAGUCUCAGGCACUACUUCAUAAACCAAGCAGUGUCUCUACAGCCUGACUUCUCUUCCCUAGACCCCAAGCUGCCAGGCCAGAUUUCCUGGGAUGCCCAGACCUCUGAUGGGAGUCCCCCUCCCCACCAUCAGGGGCUGCAAUCUGAUGAAGGGAGAGGGUAGGUUCUAGGAGGAUUCUAGGUUCUGUGGACUAGAGAUGGGGAGAGGGGAGCGGGGGGAGUAUGGGGCAGGAGGGGGGGGCUGUCUCUCACUGGGUGGUACAAGAAUGCUCACAGCUGGGGAGGGAGGGAGUGUGGCAGCUCCCCGAGUAAGCUACAGCUGGUGGGCAGGCACAGGCCCAGGGCUUUGCCAGGGCCACAGAGGGUUGGGACACUUCUGAGGUGGGGAGAGGGUGAGACCCCCCAGGAUGGGCUAUGGGACCCCGGGCAGGCAUUCUCAAGAACCCAGGAUAGCAUCAAUUAGCUCAGGAGCCACAGGGGAAACCAGAUGUUUCCCCUCUGGGAUCGUUGGUUUCUGUUAAAUAAUGGUUGGUUAUAAAUGGUUUCAUUUAUGAAGAUUUUCUCUCUUAAGGGAAGAACAUAGAAGGAAAAAAAGCUGCUAAAUCCUGCUUGUUCUUGGAGGUGAGGCUCAGGUGGCCAGGAUGCAUUUUGUCUGGGUGUGUAGGGAGGUGUUUUUGCCAACAGCAGGGAUGUGUUUCUUGGGCUGGGGAGCACAGAGGGGGAGGAGAAGGAGGACUAAAUGAAAAAAGUCAUUCCCAGACUGCAUAUGAGCAAGUUAAUGACGCACAAAACUGACAGGAGGGGACAAGAGCAUCAGGUUUGAGAUUCCCUCCAUGAGAAAAACUAAGAUGAAGAAAGGAGGGGGAAAAACAGAUAAAAAAGCAGGACAGGGUUUCCUGCUCCACUGAACUCAAACCCAGACUGUACAUCUACCUUGGAUUUUACCUGAGUCACCCCACCACGCCCAGAGAACUGGGAUCCAAAAUAGGCCCCCUUUCCUCUUUGACUUCACAGUAAGUUAACCAGAGGCAUGGAGAUUAACCUUGGGAAGCCUCAGGUUUGGGGUUGCUGUGGCUGGGAAGUCAGCAGGUAAAAGCAAAGGAGAGGACUGUGGGGGUAGGGGGCUGGAGAAGGGCAUGGAGGGGGAGGUAGAGGCCAUGGAAGAGGGAGAGGAAAGAGCACAGAGCCCUGGGAAUGGGUGUAUAGAGCUGCAGCCCCUCUAUCCCAGCAAAGUCAGGAAGAAAUGACCAGCCAGGCUCUCAGUGGCCUCUAGGUUGGACCCAGGCAUGGCUGGCUCCAGGCAGGGUUCUCUGGGGAAGUUACUCUAGAUAAUGGAGGAGGAGCUCAAAAUCCUGAACAACGAACAUCUGCACUUAGAAAAUUAUGGACAGUUUCUGCCAACUCCCCACACCUCCCACCCCCAUGGUACUGUGUGUUAUUGACUCCUGGAAAUGCUUCUAUGUGUGAAUUCUAUUUUUAUAUUGGUAUGUUGAGAUCAGCCUUGUGGUUUUGUCUUCAGAGCACACUUCUUGUAAUUACUAUUGUUACUUUUAUUGUCAUGACUGCCUCUGUGCUUUGAUGAGGAUAUGAGGUAGUCUACCGCACAGACCUAUAAGGAAAGCGAUGGAGUUAAUAUUUACAUCACAUAAUUAUAUCAUUAUUGUAUCUCUGUA